AGAGAACUGCAGACUAGGCUGCACGCGAGGCACACACUCGAAUCAAGGAGUGAUUUCACUUGAUUCGGCGGUGCUGGCUGGUUGGUGGAUUUAGUUUAUGUACUUGAUAAAUAAGGAUAAAAAAACUGAUUUCAGAGCAUACUUGUUUCUAGAGUCAAUGCGGUGUUGUGCUGUAUCGGGAGAACUACCCAAGAGGAGACUUUGCUGAUGCAUCUUUGCGCGAUCAUCCAUCUCUUGGCGAUUACAAAUAACAUACACAAAGCUUUUUUCCUCUGAAGCUUGUUGUAGCUGGACAUUUCUUGGAGAUAGGCUACUGGAGGCACACAUAUAGCUUACUUUGUGAUAUUUUCACCUUCUAAUUGAGGCAAGCAAAUAGAGGUCGACCACCAACCACAACAUCAUCUCGAGUGGAGUCGAAUUUCUGUGGGCAUCACUAUUUCGCACAGAGCAAGGAAUAUUUGACAUUCAAGUUUUCGUGGAAGUUGCGCACUGACGGAAAAUGGGCAUUUGUGGUUAUUUUGUGGCACCUUGGAAAUGCCUUGUUGUCAUCGGUCUAAGACUGUUAUUCCUUGUACCUGCAGGAGUUCCAGCGAGGAGCGGGGAUUCUUUUUCUAAGGACAACAUCACUGUCAGACAAGGGGACAGUGCCGUCUUAAAAUGUACUGUGGAUAGCAAGGUAUCGCGGGUGGCUUGGCUCAACCGCACCACCAUUCUCUACGCAGGGGCUGACAAGUGGUCUCUGGACCCUCGCGUGGUCCGAAUGGACAACACACCCGUGACAGAGUACAGCAUAAAGAUCCAGAAUGUGAAUGUACACGACGAGGGGCCCUACGUGUGCUCCAUCCUCACAAGCAACAAACCCAAAUCAUCCAAAGUGCAUCUCAUCGUUCAAGUACCUGCGAAGAUCACAAACAUAUCGGCGGACAUCACAGUGAACGAGGGCAGCAAUGUAACUCUCAUGUGUCUGGCCAUUGGACGACCAGAGCCUAACAUCAUAUGGAAACAUCGCUCUGCAAAAGGCCACAAAUUUGUCACUGAAGGGGAAUAUGUUGAUAUGACAGCGAUCAGUAAAGAACAGUCGGGAUCGUAUGAAUGCAUCUCCUCCAAUGACAUCUCAGCCCCAGAUGUGAAGACAGUGAAAGUCACAGUCAAUUACGCUCCCUUCAUUUCGAAGGCCAGGAGUACAGGUACACCAGUGGGCCAAAAAGGGGUGCUCCAAUGUGAGGCCUCUGCUGUUCCUGGUGCAGAUUUUGAGUGGUACAAAGAGGACCGCAGACUCUUCAAUGGGCUGAAUGGGGUUAAGAUAGAGAACCAAGGUAAACAAUCCAUGCUUAUGUUUUUGAAUGUUUCUGAAGAGGACUACGGAAACUACACUUGUGUGGCCAUGAACACCAUGGGGAUCACCAAUGCAAGCAUAAUCCUCUACGGCCCCGGGACUAUGAUGCACGAUGUGAACAGGGCAGCCCUGUCGCCCCACUGCUCAUUCUGCCUCCUGCUGACUGUUUUCUUGUUGUUCCUGCUCAAGUUUUGAUGCAACACGGUUUAUCCUCAGCUUUACUCAGCACUGAACAACAAGACUCUUGGUACCAGAAGAAGAAAAGGAACAAAAGGAACCACCAAUAACAUAGUUGAUUCGCUCUUCUUUUUUUUUG